GACCGACCGACCGAGGUCGAUUCGAUUCGAUUGUUGUUUAGUUUAUUAGAAUCGUUACCGAAGUGGAUACGUUUCGCAUCUACGGACGGAACGCGAUAUCGACAUCUGUCAAACUAAUUUUCGGAAUUUACUGUGUGUUUGCGGGACGGUGAUAAAUGUGAAUAUUUCGUGUUUUACGUGUUUAAUGUUAUAAUGCAUUUGUGAUUGUGGUGCCUGACGAUCUACUGUGUUAACUUUGUGGUUAUCAUGUCAGGAAUUCGCGGUGUUGUUGUGUUUUGUGUGUGAAUGACUCCGUGUAUUUAACGAGGCUUGCACAGUUGGAUUUUCAAUACGUAAACCGCAGCCGCCAUGUUUAAUUUCAUCAAGAAGUCCACCGUCCUGGCGGGCGGCGACGGCGGCGGCUGCGAGGAGAGAGACGGCGACAAGGAGAGGAGGAAACGAGAGAAGAAAGAGAGGAAAGAGCGGGAGAAAAGAGAGAGGAUAGCUGCCGGCCUCGAGGAACCCUUGAGGCUGGAAGAGGUUCGACGAUCUCUGAAAUUACGGGGCAGACGCAAAGAAAAGGAGAAACUACCCUCCGGCAUCACCGCCGACUACACCGCCUCAUUGUUCGCUCACCUGGAACAAGACUCCAAUUAUUCCAACUACCCGCUGAUACCUACCUCGGGGUCUAACUCCAACUUAAGUGACGAGAAUAACCAUCUAUCUCCCGGAUACCCCACCACCCACAGCUGGACUAAAAAGGACAGCGUCCUGCAAUCAGACAGCUCAGAAACAUCGCUGAAUUCUCUAAACAACCCAAACAACGCCAAUAACAGCCCGCGACAACCGCCUAAUCUACCUCCGAUUCCACCACGACCUCCGAAACGAGGAAUCCUGAAAGGGCCUCGUCUAAGCAAUACUAGUUCUAAUUCUCAAGAGAGCAAUGCUCAAAGCAGCGAUACUGUGGACUACAUAAAUGGUCAAGAUCCGAAUUUGCUGGCACGGAAUACGCAGCAGAAUGAGGUCAUAUGCUAUGGCAUCCCACCUUCGAAAAGCACGUCGUCUAGCGAUGACAUACAACAGCUGCAAAUGUUCACAAAGAAGGUCAUCCACAGUCCGGUGGAUACGCAGUAUAAAAACUAUAAGAACAAUGCGAAUAACCCGUCGAUUGUCACCCAAGACGUAGACGAAAUACCAAAGACGAACGGAAACAAUUACAUUGGAGUCACUUCCACGUCUCCAAGUGCUGAUUCUUUAACCGACACGACUACGAACUCUUCGUUUGCUACUCCGCCGUUUUCUACCUCGCCUGUUGGUGAAUCUCAAGGCUUCCAUAGAUGGUCUAGGACUAGCAACUUCGAAGAUGUGUAUUUGCCUUUACCGUCACUGACCCCGUUACAAUUACCUAAGCCCAGAAUGCUAACGAUACAAAGGCAGAAAUCUCCUAGGAAUGACUUUGGAUUUAGUCUUCGAAGGGCUAUGGUUCAGGAGCGUGUGUUCAUAGGGGAUAUCAAAGAUUUCAAUGGUCAUGAGGAGAACGGACUUCCAAACGGUGAUAGCAAAUACAAUGGCAAUAUUUCGAAUGGCCUGAAUAGCAAAUUGACUUAUAAAGCAGUGAUUCUAGCUGAACCUGGAUCUUAUCCUGGCGCUAGUGAGACGGGGCUCCUUCCCGGGGACAGACUUUUGGAAGUGAACGGUGUUAGUGUGGAAGGCAAAAGUAGGGAAGACGUGAUUGACCUGAUCAAGAGCAGCCAUGAUUCUGUCACUAUAAAGGUGCAGCCAAUAUCCGAGCUUUGCGAGCUAUCCCGACGGCGGGCAGCGGACGGCGGUGGUGACGUGGAACUGGCUGACAGCAACGUGCGCGGCGGCACCCUCAGCCGGUCUGGCAGUCGGAGGUUCACUUCCACUCAGGCCAAAUCAGAGGAGCAGCUGGCCUGCGAAAAAGAAUGGCUGCAAACUGGCCACAUGUGGCUGGCGCACCGCGGCGGUUUCACAGCGGUCGUCAGGGAGGGCGACGCAGACCCUGGCCGGGCGAAAGUCCGCGUCAUACAGACUGGGGAGGUGCUGACCGUUGAUGAAGAUGAUCUGGAGAAGGCGAACCCUCCCCAACUGGAGCGCUGCGAGGACAUUGCUUCUCUCCGCUGCCUCAACGAGUGCGGGGCACUGCACGUGCUUCGCUCCCGGUACGCGGCCGGCCUACCACACGCUCGUGCUGGCCACGCGCUGCUCGUGCUAGGGCCACCAAGGCGCACUGCUCCUGUGUAUACCGAAAAGGUGGCAGCCAUGUUCCGCGGCUGCCGCGCCGAUGACAUGCCGCCGCACGUGUUCGCUGCUGCGCAGUCUGCUCACCGCUGCAUGCUCGCGUCUAGGAGAGACCGCGCCGUGGUCUUCCUUGGAAGCCAUGUUCCGCGGCUGCUGCAGAACGUGUUCGCUUCCGCGCAGUCUGCUCACCGCUGCAUGCUCGCCUCUAGGAGAGACCGGGCCGUGGUCUUCCUUGGAAGGUCCGGCUCAGGCAAAAGCUCAGCGAUGCGGCACUGUGUGUGGUACCUCGCCACUGCGUACCCGGCGCAGAGUUCCAAACUUACACCUGAGCGGUUCGACGCUGCCUUCGAUGUGCUGUACACCUUUGGGUCUUGUCGCACCAGUUCGAACGCGCACGCGUCGCGCUUCGUGGCGCUGACGUCACUGGACUUCGACGGCGGCGGCGCGCUUGUAUCGGCCUCGGUACAGACGCUGCUGCCCGACCUGAGGCCGGGACAGACUCCCAUGAGGGCUCUGCACGACUUAUUCCACGGCUGCGACGGCCGUCUUCGCCGCGAGUUACUACUCGACCAAGCGCCUCUGAACGCGCCGAACCCUUUCAUCAGCUGCAGCGAGAAGGCUGACGCGCCUACCGAAUUCGCGGCGCUGAAGGAAGCGCUGCAGCUGCUGAGCGUUACCGAACAGGAGCAGCUGGCGAUCUGGAAGAUACUGGCCGCGAUAUGCCAUUUGGGAUGGGCUGGCGCUGUUAAAGCAACAACAGCAUCGGGCCUCAAAUACCAGUUUGCUAGCACCGGGUGUGGGCAGCGUGCUGCGAGACUUCUAGGCGUAGCCCCUGAAGACCUGGCGAGAUCCGUGUUCUCUGGAGCCACGCCCACUUCGCCACAGUCGGCUAACAACUUGAGAACACCGUCGCCUUCAAACGAGCGAGAGAUUUCCGGCACCGAAGCAUUGGAUGCUUUCGUCACAGGCCUUUACAAUGAAACUUUCAACAUCGUCGCCGCACUCGUUAACAGGAGUCUAUCGACGUCGGCUCGAACCAUGGCGUCUGUUCUGCUGUUAGACAGUCCUGGCGCUGACAAUCCCAUGUGCGCCGGCCAGCAGAGCGGCGCGCCGCUGUCCAAACUGCUUUCCAACUACCUGCAGGAACGCCUGCAAGCCGUAUUCCACGAUGCAAUGCUGGUUGCGCCGAGGGAGCGCUACGCGCAGGAAGGCAUCACCCUCGACGACGGAGCUGAAGAAGACUGGCUGUCCGAGACAGUGAACCCGGGCCCGAUGGUGGAGCUCCUGGACAAGUCUCCCCAGAACACGAUCGUGCGCAGCUCGCAGGCUGACUUACGAGACUGCGACCGCCGCGGCCUCUUGUGGUUGCUGGACGAAGAGUCAAUGUACCCUGGCUCGUCCGACGACACAUUCUUGGAGCGCGUGAUGACGCACUACGGCGCGCCCAACCAGACUCAGUACCUGAUCAAGAAGGCGCCGCAUGCGAGACAGUUUGUCUUACAGCAUCUACAGGGCACCAAUCCAGUUCUGUAUGACGUCACUGGCUGGGUGAAGGCAAGCCGAGAGAGUCCUGUAACCAAGAAGGCUCUCACACUCCUGCAGGAGAGUCAAAACGACGACGUGGGCCGCCUCUCAUCCUGGGCCCGCGGCGCGUGCGGCGCCGGCUCGUGGUCGGCGUCCGUAGGCGAUGCGUCUACGCUGCGACGAGCGUCGUCUAUCCGACGCACGCUUACUUCAGGCACAGCUGGCAUGAAGCGGCGGUCGACUGCUCUUCAAGCGAAGUUCGUGGCGGACGGCAUAGUGGAUACGUUGCGUCGAUGCGGCUCUGGCGGUGUCCAGUUUGUGUGCUACGGCAUAGUGGAUACAUUGCGUCGCUGCGGCUCCGGUGGUGUCCAGUUUGUGUGCUGUCUGCUGACCAACCAGCCUUCGGAGAGCCCUGAUGACGUCAAUGUGCCGUUACUUCGGUCACAGUUUGUGUGCUGUCUGCUGACCAACCAGCCUUCGGAGAGCCCUGAUGACGUCAACGUGCCGUUACUUCGGUCACAGGUGAGAUAUUAA